UUGAACUUUGUAGCAUCUUAUGAACUUAUGGGCAAUUUAUUUUUGUAACGUUGUACGUUAACAGCUAUUUUAGUGUAAACACAUAAGUGAAUUAACUGUUCGCUUGCCAGCAAACGAUGCAGCAUUAGUUGCCUCGGAAGUCAUCGUUUGGUAGCUAAUAUUAACUAGUUAACGUCAAUGACAACGCGUUAAUCACCCAAUACUGUAAGUCAUUCUCUAACCUGGCUAAGUUAGAAAUGUAACGGAGUUUUUUUUCUCUCGUGAACCAGUUUUUACUACCUCUGGACCAAUGUGUUAAUAUCAGGUUUCCUCUGUCCUGGAAAGAGGAAACGCUGUUGCACCAUGGGUGUUUUAUCCACGCUGUUGAGAGGUCUGAUGAGAGGAGCGGACAGGAUGUCUGAGUUCACCAGCAAGCGUGGAUCAAGGACUCAUAAUAAGGGCAGAGGUGCAAGGCCCACCGGAGUGAGGCUUCCCAGCAGAAAGUUUGUGGCCAUACAGGCCAUGAUUCCUGAGUUUGUGGUCCCUAACUUGGAAGGAUUCAAACUUAAACCCUACGUAUCAUACCGCUGUCCUCGGGGAACAGAGCCUCCACUCACAGCAGAAAGUGUGUUUGCUGAGGUUGUGGCCCCUCAGAUCAAGAAAGACUUUGAAGAGGGCACUUUCAACAAAGAUCAGCUGGAGAAAUAUGGAUUUGAUCCCCAGCAGGAGGGGAAGCUCUUUAAGCUCUAUCCCAAGAACUAUGUGCGUUAAAGAUGCACUAACAGUGAAAUGUAUUUACAAAGGUGCAAACUGCGGAUUAGACUGAAAGUUGCAGACUUACUGGUGUGAAAAUCAUUACAAAUGGGACUGUAUAUUAUGUUGAGAAAGAUCAAUUUCCUGCAAGUGGUGUACUUUUUUGUUACUUGAUCAUUGAAAUAAAACUUGAGGGGCUGUGAUCCAUACUGC